GGGAAAAUGUCUGCCCAGUUUUGAACCAAAAGAUGUUCCAUUAGACUUCAAUUUUUACAACUCAACUUUUGGUAAUGACACAGUAAAGGUCAUAAUGGACACUUCAAGCGCUCUCAGGACAGGCUUUAAUCUCAAAUCCAGAACAGUCAGGAUCAUCGAGGACCUCGCCAUUACCUGGUAUUGGAUAUUAGUAGGUCUGGUGAUUGCACUGGUGGUCAGUUUAGUGCUGCUCCUGCUGAUGCGAUGCUGUGUGUCUCUGGUGUCCAUACUUUUCCUCCCUGGUCUUCUGUCACUGGGAGCAUAUGGCAUUUACCAAUGUUACCAGUAUGAGAAAAACAUCAACUCACAGCUCACACUUGGUGACCUCAGCUUUCAAUCCAAGAUGUCAGACUACCUUCAAGUAAAGGAGAUCUGGCUGGGUUGCAUUGUGACUGUUUGCCUGCUGGAGUUUAUCCUGGUGAUGCUGUUUAUAUCAUAUUUAAGAAAAGGUCUCACAGCAGCGCUGGCAUUGAUGAAGGAGUGCAGCAAGGUGAUGGGUGUACUAUCAUCUACAAUGGCAUACCCACUGGUCACUUUUCUGCUGGUCAUGCUCUGUAUGACCUUCUUUACAGUGACUAAUGUAAAUCUGGUGACUUCUGGAUUGCCAGUGUAUAAAAAACUUGCACUGAACACCUCGAAUGCAAACUGUACUGCAGUCAGCGGUGAAGAAAAAUGUGUCCCUGAAAAUUUCAAGGCAUCAGACUAUCCAAAGUGUCCUGUGCGCUGUGUAUUUGUGCAUUAUGAUGAGGAAGAAGGGUUUUUUCAAAGACAUGCACAAAACUUUCAGAUUUAUAACUUGCUGUCUUGUCUUUGGUGCCUUAAUUUCAUUAUUACACUGGGCCAGUGCACAUUAGCGAGGACCUUUAGCAGCUACUAUUGGUCGUUAAGCAACCUGCACAACAUCCGCCGAUCUAUUGUGUCUAAGGCGCUCUUCCAGAUGUUACGGUACCAUACUGGCUCCAUGGCGUUUGGCGCCAUCUUUGUCAACAUGUUCCAGGGCAUACGGAUGUUCCUGGAAUUUCUCAAAGACGUGACCAGAGGCGGACAGAGAUGUUGUUGCUGUUGCAUGCCUCUAAUGAUGCUGCUAAAAUGUUGCUUUAGUGUCUUGGAUAAUGUCCUGAAGUACUUUACCCGAAACACCUACAUAAUGAUUGCAACGCAUGGAGACAAUUUCUUCACGUCAGCCAAGAACGUUCACAUGCUCUGUGAGAGGAACAAGGACCGCGUGCGGAUGGUGGACCGGACUACAGACUGGCUGCUGUUCUUCGGGAGACUGCUGGUGGUCGGAGCGAUAGGUGUCUUGGCCUUCUACUUUUUUAAUGGAGACAUUCCAGUGUCAGCUGACAUCUUCCAGGUGGAGUUGCUGAGCUUUCGCUGGCUGCAUUUUACUGUAAGUUCUACCACCAAGCAAUGUAUAAAUAUUUAA